AUGCAUUCAGCUAGAAGUUUUGGAAUCAUCUUAAUAUAUAGCAUUCAUGCAUCUCCCUUAUUUUUUUGUCUAUAUUUUACAUUAAUAAAUUUUUCUUUAAUGGAAGGGGAAGAAGUAUAGAUAGAUAAAAUUUUAAGUUUAGAGAACAAAUUAGCUUGUGUAUAAAUAAAAGAUAAUACGAGCAGUUUUAGUGGUAGUAUGAAAGAUGAUCUAAACGAUGAUACAGAAACAGAUAAAAGCUUAAGCAUAAGAGAUUACCAUAUGAGCAUAGAUUCUCAAGAUAAUUAAAGUAGUAGCAGGAGUGGAAAAGAAUAAGUUUCUUCUGAAUUAUCAAUUUAAUUGAAGAAAAAAAUUCAUAAAAAUGAAGAAAAAAAAUAAUAAAAAAGAGGCCGCAAGCCAAAAUUAUAAAUGAAAAAUAUUAUUUAUGCAAUUAAAACAACUAAUAGUUCUGAUAUGAGUGAUAUUUAAUCAUAAUUAUAGUUUGAUUCAACUAUCAUGAAAUAAAUUCCAAACUAAAAAGUAUUUUUUCUAGCAGGAGAUAUUCUUGCGGAGCUAAAAGAUGCUACAAAUCAAAUGGGAGUUGAUAUGUUUUGUGAGUAAAGAAAUGUUGUUUUUGUAGAAAAAAUGAAUCAUGGAGUUUAAUUUGAAUUUGAAUCGUACAGCCCUAUUAAAAACUUCUAAUCUGUAAUAUAUUGUAUGGAAAAUUCAUAAGAUUAAAAAUAAUAUGAAUUUGCCUAAUUUUUAAAAAAGCACCAAGAGUUAGUUUAUAUGCUUAGCUCUUAAAUAUAGGAUCUCUAAGCAUCUUAUUAAUUUAAUUAGGAUUCUCUAGAAUAUGUUAUACGUGAAAGAUAAAAAAUAAUAAAAUAGCAAAGGAAAUAAUUGUUAUAAUAGAUAUUUAAUUAAGAUUAAUUUAGUUUAAUAGCUACUGUUAGUAUAUCUUAUAACAAAUAAACAACUACAGUAUCAAAUAUAUGCUUAUCAAAAUCUAUGAUGGCACUGAUAGGUUUUGGAGAUGAAGAAAAUAUUUGUGAUAUGUUUAAAUUAGGAUUUUUAAAAUUAUUAAGACAAAAAUCAAGAAGAAAAAUAAUGACUUUUAAUGUCUAAGCCUAAUAGAAUACAUAAACAGAUUUUGAAAUAAAUAUAGAAGAUUUUGAAAUAACAACUUUUGAUUAAAUAAAAAUAAUAUGCUAAGGUAAGUUUCAAGCAAUACCAGUAAUAUAUUAAGAUAAUUUAAAAUUUGAAAAAUAUCCCUUGCUAAAUAAGGAAUAAUUUUAUUUAGUUUAAUAUGAUAUCACACCAUAGCAUUUAGAGAAGAUAUUAAAAUUAAGAAAGGAGUAUAUUCAAAAAGCACCUUAAAAUGAAAAUUUUCCAAGAAAUUAUAACUACAAUAAUUUUGUAGAAUUAGAAGUAUUUGAAUACAGUAUUCAAAGUUAAAUAUUCCUUGAAAAAUUUUAUCAAAAAGAACUAGAAAAAAUAUAAGAAAAAAAAGAAAAUAUGAUAAAAGAGUAAUAAUAAUAAGCCUAACAAGUUAUUUUUAAUAACUAGCCAUGUGGUUUUAGGUACAUAUGA